GUCUUCCUUGACGAGUGCCUCCAUCUCUGAGAUAGACUCAACCACCUCCCCUCACCAUCCACCGCGCCCGGUCUCUGCCCGACUCGACAACCCCGCAACACGACGAACACACUCUCCCCCGUGCCCUCCGUGUUUUCAGAGACCUCUGCGCCUCCCUAUCGUGCACAAACACUCCCAUUGUCCCCCCGGCAAACGCAUACGUCCUGGUGGGGCAAUCCCUUGGAUCUCCAGUUCACCUUUGCUUUGCCGCCCUUCCAUGCUGCGAGAUUCGCCCUCAUCGGAUCGGAAUGCCCGCAAACCAACGACCACAGACGGCCCAGUCUCCUACCUCCCCGACCUUCAAAGCCACUGCAAAGUACACGAAUAAGGAUGGUUCCAAGUACAUAAAGGUUCCCAAGUCCCAGAUCACCACAGAUUCAUCUGAGACAUCCCCAGCCAUGGCUCAGACGACAACACAAGCAAACGGCCAGACCCCCAAUCCUGCUCCAGGUACAAAUGGUGCUCCUGCCGUAAACCGGAAGAAGCAAAAGCGAAGACAAAAGCUAGCUGCGAAACUCCAGUCAGAACAGCCAGCAGGCCCCGCGGCAAACGGUGCACGAUCUUCAGGCCCUGAGCAAAGAUUGCAGGAAGUGGAAGCACGUCUGCGAGAAACUGGCCUAGGUGCGAACCUAGACGAGGCGUUUGACGACAAUGGACAAUUCGACCCCGCUGAAGGAGAACAAUAUUACAGCGAGGAGGAUGGUGACAGGUACUCAGGCUCCUAUGGUCAAAAUGGAUCAUCGUUGAAUGGAUAUGCGGCCCCAACCUCUGGUACUGGCAAGAAAUCCAAGAAGAAAAAGAAGUCCAAAGGUCUCCCGCCACAAACCUCCGAGCAUGUCCAUUCCCAUGUCGGCACAAACGGCCUGUCACAUAACCAGUUAUCGCUUCCACCGCUCGCUUCGACAAACAUGCCCCGAGGCCCCGGCAUAUCAAAGGAGAAGAUUUGGAAUACGUCCUCGGCGGAGGAACGAGAGCGUAUCAAGGAAUUUUGGUUAUCCCUUGGCGAGGAUGAGCGCAAAUCUCUAGUCAAGGUUGAAAAAGAUGCUGUUCUGAAGAAGAUGAAGGAGCAACAAAAGCAUUCGUGUAGUUGUACUGUAUGUGGACGGAAGCGGACUGCUAUCGAAGAGGAGCUGGAGGUACUGUAUGAUGCAUAUUACGAGGAGCUCGAGCAAUAUGCGAAUGGCCAAGGAGAUGGUCGGCCAGUACCUAUGAUGGCCCCCCCUCGCCGAUUUGGUGCCUUAAGUGGUCUUCAGCCUCCGAAUCGCUUACCACCAGCCUUUAAUGGACAACCGUCUCGUGGUCGAAUAGUGGAAGAUCUAGGCGACGAGGAGGAGGAGGAGGAGGGUGAUGAGGAAUAUAGCGAGGACGAAGGAGAUGAGGAUGAUUACAGCGACGAAGAGCCUGAAGAGCUUCCUCGACCCAUUGCAAGCGAUUUCUUCAAUUUUGGCAAUAGUCUUACGGUGCAAGGCGGCAUUCUGACGGUUGCUGAUGAUUUGCUGAAAAACGAUGGCAAGAAGUUUAUCGAAAUGAUGGAACAGCUUGCUGAACGUAGGAUGGCACGAGAAGAAGACGCUAGGGAGCAAUUCUCCAACCCGAAUUAUGGCCAUCCACCAAAUGGCUCCAUGCACACUCAUUCCCAUAAUCACAAUCAUCCACCUCAGCCGGACGACGAGGAGUAUGAUGACGACGAAGAGGAUGAGGAAGAUUACGAUAGUCAGGAGGAAGAUUAUGAUGAAGAGGAAAUGGACUCGAUGACUGAAGAACAGCGAAUGGAAGAAGGACGUCGAAUGUUCCAGAUAUUUGCUGCUCGGAUGUUUGAGCAACGAGUCUUACAGGCGUAUCGAGAGAAGGUUUCGAAGGAGCGACAGCAAAAACUUCUCGAGGAACUGGAAGAGGAAAGCAGGGCUGAUUCGCAGAAGAAAGCUAAGAAGGCUAAAGAUGCUCAGAAGAAAAAGGAGAAGCUAGCAGAAAAGAAGAAAGCUCUCAAAGAGGCUCAAGAGAAGCAAGAUGCCGAAAAGGCUGCCAAGGAAUCCGAGCUCCGCGCGGCUGAGGAGAAGAAGCUUGAGGAGGCACGUCUGAAGGCCGAGGAAAAGCGAAAGAAAAAAGAAGCCCAGAAAAAGGCUGAAGAAGAGGAACGCUUACGAAAGGAAGCCGAGAAGCAGCGGGCACGAGAACGAGCCGCAGAAGCCGAACGCAAAGCCAAGGAGGCCAAGGAAAAAGAGCGUAAGGAGAAGGAGGAGUUGAAGAGAAAGGAAAAGGAGCUGAGGGAAGGAAAGGAACGCGAACGUAAAGAAAAAUUGGAGAAGGAAAAGCGAGAAAAGGAGGCCAAGUUGAAGGCCGACAAAGAGGCUAAGGAGAAGCAAAAGCGUGAGGAGCUAGCCGCACAACAAGCUGCUGCUCAAGCCGUCAUUGCUGCAACCCAAGCCGCAAAGCGACCACCAGUCCCAAUACCCGCAAACCUUCAAUCGCAUACAGUCGCUUCACCGCAUAUUCCCGUUGCUACUCCUGCAAUUCCCAAGGCGCCCACCCCCAUCAAACUUCGGACCACCUCUUCUCAGCAAGACUCGAACUCUUCCGUACCUCAAACUCCUCAAACGGGUAGCGUGACCCAAAAUAUCUCUCCCGUUCCUACGACACCAUUGCAAGGCAGCCCAGGACCAAUUGGGCCUCCAGGCAAGCAGGCACAGCAGAACCCUUUCUUACACCAACCGCAAGCUACUUCUCCCAUGCACGCCGCCUUAAAGAGCCCACCCGGAAUACCGCCGCAGCCGAGUCCAUUCGGUAUGCAACCGAUGGGCAUGGGCUUUCAACCAGGUUUCCCAAUGGCUCCCGGGUUCAGUGGAAUGUAUCCUGGACCUGGACCCUUCGAUCCGAGACUCGGUGGCCCAAAUGGCAUGCCUGUGCAUCCCGGACUGAUGCACCAAAUUCCACAAGGUCGAGGAUUUCCUCCGCCCCACGGUCCACCAGGUUUUCCUCAGAGAAUUGCCAAUGGCUUGGGAGGCGUUGGUCAACCAUUUGCUCCGAAGGAGGGUCCGAUGUCCCAGCCGCAUUCGAGACAACAAUCGGGAUCUUUUGACAAGCCUUUCGAAGCACCAGGAAACGCGCCACAAGCACAGCCUAUUGCGAGACCUGCUCCAAUCGGCCGACCGUCAAGUGUUGUGCAUGGUCAGCGUCGUAGAAAUGAUGGAAGCAGUGAUAUGGACGAUUUGAGUAACCAUCUUGGCAGUAGCGCUCUGUUGGAUGAUUCAGACGAGCCAUUGAGUUCGGGAGCUGGCGCGAGACGAUCGAGUGUUGCACAUGGCCUCAAUACUCGUCCGAACUUUCCACCCCCAUUUGGUAUGGAGCCAUUUGCGAGCCCAAUUGGUGGCUUCCCAACCUGGGGAGCCCCGCCAAAUCCUUUUGCGCCAUCGUCCUUGCCUGGCUCCAACUUCAUGGGAGGCUGGGGACCGCCAGCUGGCAACUCAUUUGGAGCUGUAGGAGGCGCUCAACCCAUUCGACCAUCCCAGCCUCGUUCGGUGGUAAUCCGAUUGCUCAUCUGCCAGGCUUGCAAGAAUCUCGAAGGUUCCAAUCCUGAUGGCUACUACGAUAUCAACGCGAUCAAGGAACAGGUGGACCAAGCUAGCCAGCUUGACCAGCCAGCCUCGGAGCAAGAACUGCUUGAUAUCUGCGAAACCGAAGGCAGUGCAAUCAACGGUGGUGGCUCAUUCGAUAUCCACGACUUGCCUACGCCGCAUCGUCCCGUUGGCGCCCCUGGCGAGAUUGGAUCGCCCAUCAUCGGCAGCGGUGGAAUUUCUCGUUUCACAGGUCCUCCUCCGGGCUUCUAG